CAUAAAAAGUAAAGACAGUAAUAUAUGUAAUAUUAAACAUUGGAUGACAAAAUAAAAAGGAAAAAAUUAAAAGCAGGCGUGCUGUCAAUCAGCCAAUUGUGAACAGUAAAUUUUUUGCAAUUUAACAAUAAUACAAUAUAUGAAAUUAAUUCAUAAUGCAUAUUAAAUUAUUAUGUAUAUAUGUAUAGAAAAAAUUGUGUUUUGUAGUUUAGCUUUUUAUUAAUUUAUACAAUAAAGUUGGUUUCGGUAUGUCACAGUCUGCCUCAUAUGGAACAACUAAUAGUGCUAUAAAUCGUGGGGUAAAGCAACAACAGCAGCAGCAGCAACAUAUCACACAGUCACAACAGACAAGAGUACAAAACAUCGAUAUGUUGUCUUAUAAUAACGGCAACACCAAUAACAAUAAUAAUGGCAACAGCAACAUUACAGUCGUAGCAGAAACUGGCGGCAACACAUUUACCAUUGCCAAUAGUACUACAAUGGAUCAAACAACCUCCAUAACAAAUCAAAACACAAACACUGGAGCAAUACCCAAAGAAAAACCAGGAAAAAAUGCCAAACAACAGCAGCCACGCAAGCCACCGCCUACUAUAGACACCUUUUGGCCAACAGUACUGCAGGAGGUACAGAGCGCUGUUGUCGACUCUAAGCAUCAGUCCCUGCCGUUGGCUCGUAUUAAAAAGAUAAUGAAACUGGAUGAAAAUGCUAAAAUGAUAGCGGCUGAAGCACCAACACUUUUCGCCAAAGCCUGUGAAUUCUUCAUUCAAGAACUGACAAUGAGAGCCUGGAUACAUACCGAUGAAAGCAAACGACGUACACUGCAAAGAUCAGACAUUGCUCAAGCCAUAGCCAACUAUGACCAGUUUGAUUUUCUAAUUGAUAUUGUGCCAAGGGAAGAUAUUAAACCACCAAAUCAUAGAAGACAUCACAAUGAGAGUACGUCUUCUGCCAAUAAUACAGCAUCAACCACCAACUCACCAGCGCCCAGUAAUUCGUCAAUGACGACCACCGUUUCAAAUAUGGUGACUGGUGAAAUACUAAAUGUUUCAGGUCUGCCAGUGGAAAAUAUAUCAGGGGCAGCUGUUGCUACCUCUCUUCCGACAACGGCCACAAUUACAGGAAAUCUUAAUCAGACACAGCCACAAAUGUUAACGACCGCCUCGACGACAACAAAUCAUCCCACACCACAGUUACAAAUUAUACAACAAACUGCUCAUCCCCAACAACAUUUACAAUAUUUUAUCACACUUCCAGGACAACAAACUGGUCAAGCUCAAUUAGUACAUCAAUUACAACUACAGCAACAGCAACAACAACACAUAAACAAUGGCUUAGCUGCUGGUACACCUUUGACGGCGGCAAGUUUAAAUUUAGUAGCCCAACAACCUCAGCAACUAAUACUAACAGCAGCUAAUCCGAAUGCCGCACAGGCAGCAAAUGUGGUACAACAUCAACAACAAGCGGCUCUACUGCAAAAUAUAGCACAGCAUCAACAACAGCAGCAGCAAGCACAACAACAGCAGCAACAUCCGCAACAACAAGUACAACUGCUACAACAAGUGAUGUUAACACCAAGCGGCGAAUUAACCAACAUGCCGAUAGCAAUAAAUGCAAAUCAAUUGAAUUUGUUGCGGUUGCAAAUGCAACAUCAGCAGCAGCAACAACAACAGCAGCAGCAACAUCAUCAACAGCAAGUUAUAAUACCCACACAUUUAUUAACGGCUCAACAAAUAUUACAGCUGCAAGCUCAGGCACAAAAUCAGGCACAAGCCAAUAAUGCGGCUACAACAGCACAUAUUGUUCAUCACCAGCCUCAUAUAACACAACAGCAGCAGCAACACCAUCAGCAACAACAGCACCAUCCUCAAACUACCACUUCAACAAAUAAUAUUUACAUAAACUCCAAUACCGUAGCAGCAAAUCAGGCAACAUCCGCUGCUGCCUCAAUGGUUUCCACAGAUCGAAAUAUGGGCAGUACGUUUCGAAACAAUUGCUAGCCUCAGAAAAAUGUUCAAGGCAAUUGUUUCUUAACAAACGCCGAGGAACUGCUAAACUUAGUGUAAAUUAUAUUUAUUUCUACAUGUCGUCAUUUCGUUGUUUUAUCCCGACUUUAAGUUAAUCAUUUUAACACGAGUCCUUAAUUAUAACUAAAAUAUAUUUUAUUGUAAUUUUUGUUUAAAUAAUUUUAUAUAUUUCCUUAUAGGUAAUAUGUGUAUACAAUAAUAAUAUUUAUUAGAAUUAAGCCACAUUUUCAUUUUCAGUCUUACCACAAUAGAAAAUAAUAAGUAAAUAUUUCCCAAUAAGUAUUUUUACUGGAAUUCAAGUUGAAAGCAAGUGUAAUCCAAGGAAACUUAAAUUCAAGCCAUAUGUUUUUUGUUUGAAAAAUAUUUAAUUUGUUCAAGUUUAAAACAUAAUUAUAUUUGCCUUCAUGUCAAAUUCCAACAAAAUGUUAAAGUGCCUGAAUUAUUGGGGCUUUGGUGCUUUGGUGCUUAUUGGGUUUAUAAAGAAAAAUGAAUAAAAUUAAUUUGUAUAGAGAACUAAAGCUAAUAUGUAUGUAUAAUAUUCAUUCAAGAUAAUGAUCAUCAUGUACAUAUAAAAUUUAAGCAAAUAAAUUUUAAUUUGUUAAUAAAAUUAUAUAUACUCGUA